ACUACCCGCCGCCGCCGCCGGUUGCCAUGGAGUUCUGGGGCCUCGAGGUUAAGCCUAACCAGUUCAUCAAGGUUUCUCCUGAAGAUGACCACUUUCUCCAUCUCUCCCAGGCUGCCCUUGGUGAGGUGAAGAAGGAUGACAAGACAACCUUGUUUGUCAGGGUCGACGGCAGCCAGAAGCUAGCCAUCGGGACCCUCUCUAUAGACAAGUUCCCUCAUAUCCGGUUCGACCUCGUCUUUGACAAGGAAUUUGAGCUGUCACACAAUUCCAAGACAACCCACGUCUUCUUCUCUGGCUACAAUGUUUUCCAACCUUCCCAGGGAGAUGAAUAUCCUUUUUUACACUACACACAUACAUGCAUUCUGUAG